AUGCUGCCGGCCUCCAUGCACAAACACGAUCAGAUGUUCCAUUCCAGGGGUGAGAACCGCCAGAAAGGAUGGGCUACGCGUAAAAUCGAAGAACGCGCCAACACGACGAUGACGACUCGCAGCAAGGGCGGCAAUCUUUUCUGUAAAGGUUGCGGGCUCGGCGUCAGCUCCGAAGAGAAUCUACGCGUUGUCGGCCUACUCGAGCACUCGGCCUGCCACCUCAUCAAGUGCCAGUUUAAAUGUGGAGAAUGUGGCCACGAAUGGCGCCGGAAGCGCGAGAUGCAACGCCAUAUUCGGGUCAAACACGGCGGCCGCGGAGCCAUCAUCGAUCAGGCCGAUGUCGAGUAUUGGGAGGCGCUGCGCGAUACGGCCACCUCCAACUUCCCCGUGUACGCAGACAAGAUCUGCAAAAGCAUCUCGAAGAUGGCCGGCAUCCCGAUGCGCAACAAGAACAAGGCCAACGUCGAAGCGUCCCCCUCCGCCGCCCGUCAAGGAGUUCCAGUCGCCUCAGGAGUUGUUGCAGCCCCCACCGAUGCCGCCGAGACGUACACUCCGGAGACCGAUGACGGCUGCCUUGGCUCCGGCGAACUUCCGGAUUCGUCUAAGCUUUUGAAAUGCCAGGCUUGCGACAAGACUUUUCACGGUGUCAAGACCUCGGCCGAGCACCUCCUAUUACACACACUCAGCCACACGCGACUUCCGCUUUUUAAGUGUACCGAGUGCAACUACAUGAGCAGCUGGCCAUUGCCCAUCGAGACCCACCGCAAUAAGGCGCACGACGGGCGAGGCGGCAAGAUUGACUUGAGAACGCCGGCUAAGUACGACUCGCUGCUCACCGUCGCCAUCCAGAACUUCCCCACCCGCGCCGACGAGCUCGCCGACCACGUGAUGGCGCUGCGGAAGUGGCUGAACGAGCGCGACAUCAAGGAGCAGGCCUCCACCUCGAAGAACCUGAAAUCCACGCCCAGACCGACUUGUCUCCGAAAAAUGGGCCCUAAUCCCGGCCCGCUCGCCCUGUUGAACCACAGCCUUGCCCACUCGACACUGGAGGUGUUUGGGUGCUCGAGGUGCGGAUUCCGGGCCCCGACGAAGGCCAGCGUCGAUGAACACCGGCAAAGCCACCAUCGGGGAACCGGCGAGUCGUCGAAUGUCGCCACCCCAGCCGUCUACGAAGACUGGCUGGCCACCGCUUCCAACGAUUUCCCGGGCCAUGCUCACUCGUUCGGCGCGCUAAUCGACAAAAUGAAGCAGCAUCGCCCGCUCCCGAAAGAAGAGCCGCUAUCCGAGGGUGAUGACGAGGAAUGUGGCAAUGAUGACGGCACGGGCUCCCAAAUGGCCUCGCCAGCGGUGCACGGGCGAAAAUUACGUCAGUAUUGCACGGAAUGCUCACAUCGACUCGGCGUUGACCCUUGUGUGGAGGAGCUGCUCCAACACUCGCUUCAACACAGCACGGCCAUUUUGUGGAAGUGUAGAAAGUGCCCCUACAAGUCGGUAUUGCGCCGCAGCGCCACGCGCCACGUCGUCGGAGUGCAUCGCGGAAGCGCGCACGGAAUCGAGGAUCGGAGGAGCGAGGACGAGUUCGACAAGCUGCUCCUCGUCGCCCAGGCCAACUUCCCCCAUCGCGCCGCCGAGCUCGACGAGGCCAUCUCCGGCUACAAGGGCGAAUGGGCGCUGGAGAACGUGGGCCCCGAAUCCACCGAGGGCAGCCCGUUCAACGACACGGCGAUGAGCAGCGCCAACGGCUCCUUCCAAGCGCGAGUCCCGAAGCCGGAGCCCGUAUCUGACGACGAUGAGCCAGCGCCGACAACCCAGGAGACGCUGCAGCAGAUGGCCGACCGGGCGACGACUUCGGCCCAGCCGACCACCCCUCAACAAGCCGCCCGGCUGCCGUUCUGCGAGUGGCAAAAAUGUCGCACGGUGCUGGAGACGAACUCGGACCCGGCCGCCCUGCUCCGCCACGCCUCCCACCACAUCAACUUCCAGCUGUGGAAGUGCUCAUUUUGCCCGAUCGUCUCCUCGUAUCGCGAUCGCCUUCUACAGCAUCAGGUCAAGGAGCACGGGGCCGGCGGCACGAUCAUGGACAUCGGCACCGACGAAAAGUACGCAAUCGCCCGGGGCGUCGCCCUGAAGUGCUUCCCCACCCGGGCCGACCUGAUCGACAAGGGCAUCGCCGAGAUGCGCAUGCACACCAUCAAGGUGUCGACCUCGGAGCCGACCGGUCAGGUGUUUAAGGCAAAGAAGUCACCACCACCCCCUCAGCGACUCCCGGUGAAGGUCAAGGCAGAGCCCGUCGAUAUCGACGAAGCGCCGGAGCAGCCGCCCCCGAAAAAGCUGCGCCUACCCCAAAAAGCGGAAGCCGAAGACUCCGACGGCGACGAUGCGUCCUCGAAAUUCAAGCCCAGCGUAUGGAUCUCGCAAGCGGAUGCUGAAAGAGAUUUCGAAGAGGAGGAGGCGCUCGGGCUCAACCCUUUCGCCCUUGCUCAGCCCAACCCCGAGGAAGGUCAAACCGCAAAUGACCAGGCAAUGCAACUCCUCGUCGAGGCCAAGGACAAACAAAUCGCCGAGCUGCAGCGCCGCUGCAACUCCAAAAACAUCACCAUCAGGCACCUCUUCAAGGAAAUGAGGACCCUCCAGAAGGCCAGCGACGAGAAGGCGCGCGCAUUGGAAUGGGAGAAUGAGGAGCUGAAGCGCCGCCUCGACGAAACCGAGAACGCCGAUCAAGUGCACGCCGACAUGAAGAAGGCCAAGGAGGAGCUGGCCGACAUGUUGGCGAAGAAAAACGAGAUCAUUCGCAAAUCGAACGCGAAGAUUGGCGCCCUGUACGGCCAAAACCUCACGCUGCGCCAGUGGCUCAACAACGAGGAGCUGUGCAAGGAGCUGCCCGAAAUCCCUGAA